UUACUCAAACUUUCAACUACGGGCGCAAGCAGUGACGCCACGAAGCAACCCCACUCCACUAUGAUAUGUACUCCUUUGCUAUCUAGCUUAAUUUACUAGUCGCAGCAGCUAAUUAACAAGCUAGCACAACCGUCGUCAUCCAAUCUUGAUCUCUAAGAAAUUAACUAGCAGCUAGCCUAGCCAUGGCGCCGGCGUUGAAGCUGUACGGGUGGGCGAUGUCGCCGUUCGUGGCGCGCGCGCUGCUGUGCCUGGAGGAGGCCGGUGUGGAGUGCGAGCUCGUCUCCAUGAUCCGCGACGCCGGCGACCACCGUCUCCCGGACUUUCUCUCCAAGAACCCCUUCGGCCAGGUCCCCGUCCUCCAGGACGGCGACCUCACCCUCUUCGAAUCACGGGCCAUCGCAAGACACGUGGCACGAAAGUACAAGCCAGAGCUCCUGUGCGGGGACGGAUCGCCUGCGUCAGCGGCGAUGGUGGACGUGUGGAUGGAGGUUGAGGCGCAGCAGCACCACGCGCCGGCGGGCGCCAUCGUGAUCCAGUGCAUCGCGGUCGAGCUCCUCGGCGGUGUGCGUGACCAGGCCAUCGUCGAUGAGAACGUCAGCAAGCUGGCGACCGUGUUGGACGUGUACGAGGCGCGGUUGUCGGGGUCGAGGUACCUCGCUGGGGGCACCACUGUCAGCCUCGCCGAUCUCUGCCACUUCCCGAUCAUGCGGUACUUCAUGGAGACAGAGUACUCAACCAUGGUGGAGGAGCGGCCCCACGUGAAGGCGUGGUGGGAGGACCUGAAGGCGAGGCCGGCGGCCAGGAAGGUGAUAGAGUCCAUGCCUCCGGAUUUCGGGGUGGGGAAGAAGAAGACGGAGGAUUGAUGAUCUGCCGUGCCUGUGAUGCUUUUUCAUUUGUUUUUUUGUACUUUAAGCACGAAUGAAUGGUAAAAUGGUUUCGGCCACCGAUGAAAUCACUAAUAUCCAACAAUUUGGGUUUUUAAUU